GAAGAAACGCGUUGAUAUUUCUACCAAAUAAAUAAUCAAGCUAUAUUCCAGCUUGUAUUGAUCCAAGUGGCUGUUAUAACUCCCGGUUCAAAAAUCUGGAUAGCUUGGUUACAUAUAUAUCAGUGCCUUCAAGAUGACAGAAAGCAAUAUCAAAAAGGCUCUUGAGCUUGUACAAUACCCAGAAACAAAUGUUCGUUUACAAGCAGAACUCGAAUUGAAGAAUUUUGAAAAUUUGCCUGAGUUCCCUCUGUAUUUAACGAACAUCGCAGCUUCUGGAGCUUCAAUCCCUUUGCGACAGGGAUCCUUAAUCUAUUUACAGCGGUUUAUUACUCACCAUUGGUCCCCCUUGUUUGAACAGUUCCAAGAAGGUCCUAUACCUGACGAAAAUAUUAAGCGUACGGUGAGAGAUGCCCUUCUUCAUCAAUUGGUUUCCUUGGAAAACUACCAGCUUAAUAAAGCAGUCGCUUAUGCAGUAUCUUUGAUUGCAAACGUUGACUUUCCGGAUGAAUGGCCUGAGGUUUUUCCCUGUGUUUUACAGUUACUCGAGUCAAACAAUGAAAAUUCUAUCAAUGCCGCACUCGAUGUCUUGUGUGAGUUGAUUGAUGAGUCAUUGGUGGAGGAACAAUUUUUUAUCAUAGCACCACGUCUUUCUGAGACUCUAUAUCAACUGGUUUUGCUAGCUCCUCCUAAUGACUCUUUACGAAAACUGCAAGCCCGUGCGAUAGGAUUAUUUCGCUCAUGUUUGGAAUUAUUGGAAAUGUAUAAAGAAACCCGUUAUGAGCCAGUUCGCGUCUUUGUUGACCGACUAUUACCUCCAUGGAUGGACAUGUUUAUUCAAAAAUUACAGACUCCUCUUUUUCAGGGUAAUGAACUUUUGGGUGACUCUACGGGUAUAUUUUGUAUAAUGGGAGAAAUUUCCUUGUCUUUAUCGAAAUUAAGGGAAUUGUUUCCAUCAAAGUUAUCAACCUAUGUUGUAAGACUAGUUGAUUUAAUUUGGGAUAUCCUGCAAAAGUUGCUUCCCAUUUAUCUUAAAGAUGUAGUCUUUGACAGUUGUUCGGAUGAGAACGUUUUUGGCAUGAAUUUUCCUCUUCGUUAUCUAAUGGAACUACUUCAGUUCGUUGGUGUAGCUUUACAGAACAAGUCUGUUCAAGCCCUUUUCUUAGCCAGUAAUUCUUCUUUAUCUAGUCUCCCUCCUUGUAUAUCUGUUUUGGUUCAAUAUGCCCAGCUUUCUAAAGGUCAAACUGAACAAUACGAAAACGAUGUUAACGAGUAUAUAAUCAACGAAACGAAUUAUGACGCAUUUGUUGAUACAGUGCGUGGAGCCGCUGUUAACGUACUUUCUUCUUUUGAACAGCAUACAAAUUUAAGGCUCCAACAACACAUUCGGGAACUGGCUAGCACUUACAUUUUGGAAAAUGACAUAAACUGGAUUCAUCAAGAAGCUUUGCUAUACGCAUGCUGCUCCAUCGAUGCCGCUUCAGAUGAUACUUAUGACGACUUUUUGGAGCCAGUAUAUAAAGCCAUAUCUGUUCGAAUGCAAACUUCUGAUGUAUCUGAGAUAUUGAUGGCUAGUUUCUUUAAUUUCGUUGGCUACUUUUCAGAGAGUACUCCCCUAGCCAUUGAAUUUUUUCAAAUAUUUUUGAAUUGUAUCUCGAAUGCUGCUCAAUCAGACCUAGUAAAAUUUGCUGCCAUUAAGGGAAUUGAGAGAUUAUGCUCUGUUAGUGAAAUAAAACCAUCACCUUCGGUGCAACCUGUUGUGCUGCAAGUUCUUAGGCAGUAUGUUCAAAACAGCUACGACGAAUCGCUCGUUCUUCUGGUCGAAGCAAUCACGGCGUUGGCUCGAUUGGACUGUCAAAAAGCCGCGGAGCCAGAUAGUUCAUUUAUUCCGGUAUUAUUCAACCUUAUAGCUAAUAAUCCUUCUGAUCCUUAUAUAUCCGGACUAAUCGAAGAUACGUUUGAGGACCUCACUAGUGAGGCAGCUAGUUACGAAAGUGUUUGCGAAAUAACUAUGCCAGAAUUGCUACAGGUUUUAAGCCAUCCAGACCCCAAUUUGGUAAAUGUUGGAUGCACCCUUCUUUCUUCUUUAAUUCGUGCCGGGCCUUCUCCUCUUCCAGCUGGUUUUAUCAAUUACGUUUUGCCCCCUAUUUACCAAAUUACAGAAACACAUAAUGAUGAUUUGGAACUGCUUCAACUCUCACAAGAAAUCAUAAGAGAGCUCUUGCGUAAAGACUGCCCACAGGUAUUACAAGCAGAAAUAUCCGGAGCAACAGGACUGCAAUAUAUUCUGUAUAUAUUGCAAAAGCUCUUAUUGAGCAAAUCUGAUGAUUCUUCAUGUUUUCUUGUGGGAACGAUUCUUUUAGAACUCUUGGAACAUGCAAAUCAGGCCGUAGAUUUGCAACCUGUUUUGCUUUCUUGUCUACAAAGAGCAAUUGUUGCUGAACAACCUCGUUUUAUUCAGAGCAUAAUAUACGUUUUCUCAAAAAUGAUCAACAAAAAUGCUGAAGCUGUUUUGGAUUUUUUGACAAACUCUACAGUAGAUGAGAGAGGGACAUUCGCAUUAGAAGCGUUAAUGCAAGUUUGGUGUGAUAAUUAUGUUUACUUCAGCAAUUUUAAGAACUUGUCUGUCAUUUGUAUUGCCAUGAUAAACAUUUACAAAGCACAAACAAGUCUUUUGGAUACGAUCCAAGUAAAAGGUGAUAUAAUAUCACAAUCCGAUAGAAUCGUUACCCGUUCUCAGGCUCGUCUACAUCCAAAUCAAUAUACAGCCAUCAGCGUACGCGAAAAGUUGGUUAAGCUAUUGGUUGAUGAAUAUAUGUCUCUUUCUAGAGAAUCUGUUGUAGAAGAAAUUUCCAAUGAUGAGGCUGAUGAUUGGGACGAUGGCCCAUCGAACGUUGAGGAUUUGGGCUUAUCUGCGGAUGAAGUCAAUGAACUUGCUAAAGAUGAAUUUCCAUCCAUUAAAUCAUCCGCUGAAGGUGAGGAUGACACGACAGACUUGCAGUUCUAUCUACUUGACUUUUUAAAAAAUGCGAUGGCAAUCAACCUUAACAACUUUAACGAAUAUGCUUCAAGGCUUACUGCAGAACAGCAAGCUGCUUUGGCAAGCAUUGAAUAGGUUUCUGGGGCAAAAAAAUAAAGAAUGGAUGAAAUCAACCAUUAUUAGUGUGAAAAAUACAUACAUGUAAUUAAUUUCAAGUUGGGUCAUGCUUACUGUAUACAUAUGGGUUUUAGAUUACAGUUGGCAUUAGAUAUUUUUCGUGUAGCAAAUUAAAGCUAUUACAAUGCUGAUAAUAUUGAUAAACUAAUUCGUAAAGUUUAGCAACUAUAGAUAUACAACCGAAGAAGGAUAAAGCCUCCUUGUAAAAAAAAAGAAAAAUGAAUGUUGAUAGUGAAUAACUUCAUCAAAACAAAAGACAUAAACAACACAAGGAUAGAACAGAGAAACAAGUAUUGUACA